AUGUUGCAGCAAUUGUUGAAAUGCUGCGUCACGCAAAUCCAGAGCUUCUGGUGGUGUCCUUGGACGCCGUCACCCUGAGGGAGGCGCCGUGGGUGGGACUCGUCGAGGAAGCUAAACGUGUGGAACUCAAUAUUACCCUCAAACUGACCAACACUAGUGACGCCUUCCAUCCCCAUGAUGACCUGCUGCGUCCGCUGCGAAACAGCGGGGUGGUAUUGGAGGACUUCAUCGGGUGUGUGGGCACCCCCGCUGGCGUGGCCGCCCUCGCGUCCGUGUGUCAUGAAUCUUGGCUCCACAUCCACAUGGCGGCGCCCCUGGACCUCAGCGCCCUCGGGGGAAAAUUCUGGAUCCUCUGUGAGUCUUGCUGGGGCGUUGGAGCGAACCCUUGA